UCCGGAUGAUGCAGGCUGGUUAAUGCCGCUGUUGCAAAGAGGCAGAGUUUAUGUGAGAUCAGAGAUGAUGAUGAGGGAUCAGGUUCUACUGCAGAACCAUCAGGAGGAAUAAAGCGGAGGCUGGACGUGACUCCCUCCUCUCCGCUCCUCCUCUGGCUCCGCUCCUCCGCAGUGCACUUGCAGCUCAGCCGCACUUCGGACAGGACUGUCUCCUCAGCCCACACCUCCUCUUCCUCCUCCUCCUUCCUCCCUCCACCACCACCACCACCCCUCCUCUCCUCUUUAUAUCACUUGUGCGUGUGCGCUGGCCAGAGUAAUAGUGGCACUGCUGGAGGCUGCAGAGACACUUUCAUCCGACUCCACAGUGCGGAGGUUUCCUGGACAGACGAGUCACGGUGCGGAGUCUGAAUAAUAAUAAUAAAAAAACAACAACAAUAAUCCCUUCCUCCGGAAUUAAGAUGAGCACUUCUGCUGAGAGGCUCUCCUCCACAUAGCACCGCAUUUCUCUGCUCCAGAUCUGUUUCAUGAGACUCCUGCACACGAAGAAGGAUGACUGCCUUACCGCUGGUGAUUCUCUGCGCGCUGGCGGCGCUGAUGCUGGCGUCCAAGACUGAACGGGCCUUGAAUGUUGAGUGUGACUCGGGCCAGUUCACUGACAGCGGGGAGUGCUGCAUGGAGUGUCCACCUGGAGAGGGAGUGGUGAAGGAAUGUGGCGCCACUCAGACUGUCUGCGCUCAGUGUUUGGACAGUGAGACGUACUCGGAGAACUACAGCCACACGGAGAAGUGCAAGCCGUGCACUCAGUGUACCGGCCUGAUGCGGAUGGAUACGCCCUGCACCGACUCCAACGACGCCAAAUGUGUCUGCAACUACAACUUCUACUUCAACGCAAUCUCUGAACGGUGCGAGCCGUGCACGGUGUGCCCGUUGGGACAGGGCGUUUACUCCCACUGCAGCCACUACCACGACACGGUGUGUGAGGAGUGUGUGGACGAUACCUUUUCUGACCGGGAAAGCUACCUGGAACCCUGCUUACCCUGCACCAUCUGUGAGGAAGAUAUUGAGAUUCAGACGGCUGAGUGUACGCCCACCAGUGACUCCGCCUGCCACAAUCCAAACCUUCCGACAGACACUACUACCUACGAUCCAUUUGUAUCGUCCGUCCCUGAUUACCCCAUGCUGGAUGGCUCGAACAGCCCGUUGCCAAACGGAGAAACAACCACGCCUAGUGGCGGUGCUCCACACUUUCUUGGCCGCGGCCUCAACGAAAACCUCAUCCCGAUUUACUGCUCGAUCCUGGCUGCUGUGGUGGUCGGCCUGGUGGCGUACAUUGUGUUUAAGAGGUGGAAUAGCUGCAAGCAAAACAAGCAAGCAGCUAAUAACCGUGCCGCUACAAACAACCAGAUGGUAACGCCAGAGGGAGAGAAGCUGCACAGCGACAGCGGCAUCUCAGUAGACACUCAGAGUCUGCAGGAGCAGCAGCAGCAGCAGCACGCGCAGGCUGAAGCCCAGCCCCAGCCAUCACGCUCACAUACACAAGAGCAAAUAGUGGUGAGGGUGGACGGAAGCCCCCAGCCGGACUCGCCUCCACCCGAAGUCUGAGGACGAGGACGAGGAAGAAGAGAUGGCAGGGUUGAGGAACAGAAGGAAGGGGGUGCCACGCAGAGAAUGUAGAAACAGACGCUGAUUUAUAAUUCAAGUGGCCACAGGAAAAACUCACACAAGACCUUCCAGUAUGCUUGGGGCAACCGUCUGAGACUCUUCAUCCCUGCAUGUUGAGUCAAACUCUGUCAUAAAGUGCGCCUGGACACAAAAUCUAUGGCAAUAUCAGACACAAGAACUGCUAUAAUGACAUGCAACAUAGUUACUAGGAGCUGCCAGUUUAACCUGUAUUUCCCUUUUAACCUCUCGGUUUCGCUUUAAUUCUGUGUUCAGCUGCCAUGUCAUGUUCAUGCUUUUUUUUUAUUCGUCUUUAUUUGGAGGACAGGUUUCCCCUUCCCGUCUUUCUCAGUGGCAUCCCACUCUCAGAUAUCCCCCCCGUCCUUCUCCAUAGGAUCCACUCUAUUAGACGCACGUUGGCAUCAGCGAUACAAAAAUCGGCAGGGGAGCCAUGAGUCAUCCCCCCCCCCUCCCCCUCGGCUUCUUCUCAAAUCUCUUCCUCUUGUAUCGUUUAACGACCAACUUUCUUUUUCUUUUUACCAAAAUGUUUGUGUCAUUGUUCGAGCAUAACUACACAGACUCCCAGUGACUCAUGUUUUGAUGAGACUUCACUUAUUCAGUAAUUAACUCCUUUUUUUUUUUUGUGUGUGAAUAAUUAGACAGCUCUUCCUGUGUGUAAAACUCCCUCUCUCGCAGUGCCUCCAGGGAUUGUAUUUCAGCAACUUCAUGUUCAUAAUGUCCGUCUCAUGUUUGUGGCGCGGUGCUUUCGUUUCGCGGCUUUAGUUACACGUCUGAAUCAGCGGGCUGCCUUCACGUCGCUCUACAGAGUCUGGAUGUGCAACGCGAGAGGAAACUCCCUGCGCUGUGGAGCUCUGCUGACUCACCCAGAUGAGUCCUCUGAAAGGGGGUGGGCGGGGGUGUGGGAGGCAUUUGUGGAGCCAAAAAAAAAAACAAAAAAAAGGAUCCUAGCUGCUAAUUAAAGUGCUUAAAUGAGUUUGGGACGGUUAAAAAAAAAAAAAAAAACUGCAGGAGAAAUCCCAUCCACAAUCAAGCUGAAAAUUGGGACACCCCUCAGAGGAAGCCAGCACUUUCAACUUCUCAUGCUGACUCCUACAGGAGGGCAUAGAGCCUCAGCUGUGCUGCAGAGUGUCAACACAAGGCUUACCUGGGAGGCAGGUAGUAAUUACCUCAGGGUUUUAGCUUCAUUUACCCCCUGCCUCAGAGUAACACCGUAUUUUCCCCUUUCUAAGUCAGAACCCACUGACAUCUACUACUUUCCCCUUGUUGAAAUUGAGCACUUAGUCCAGGCUUACUUUUAGGGCUUGGUGGUGUCUUUUUUUUAUGGACAGCCUCUUUUAUGUGGCCUCCCUUCCUGCUGCUUGCAAUAACUGUAAAAGUGAGCUUAGAUACCAUGUAAAUGACACAUACUGUAGCCAAGCUUGACUGCAUUCAACAGCACUUAGAUUGUCCGGCUUUUACGCCGAUGUUAUGACUGGGAUUAUAUAGACAUUUGGAAAAUGAAAUAAGCAUCUUGA